UCUGUGCCUCAACCGUCAUUUAAUUUAAACUAUUACGUCCUGUGCUAUGACGCUUCCAUAGAAUACCCUCCCUGGACGCUUCUCUAUGUUCUCUGGUGAAACGAGAACAAUCACCCACUUAUCCGCCUCGAAUUGUAUUUUUCAAAAAAUCACGUCCUUUUUGACUUAAAAAGUUAGGUUAGAAUUCUGGUCAGAUGGUCAAAACUUCUAAACUGACAUUCUUUGACGAUUAUCUCUGGAGAUUUAGGCAAGCAAAAUGUCAACUUUGGAGUAUACUGAAUCUCUUCGAGCGUGGGGAAGAUCUUCAUGGAAAAACGUUCACAACUGUAAACUGUGCCCCUAUUUUACAACAUCGAUUUUCUUUAUGGUAAACCACGUGCGACGGCACCGUUCAUCACAGGAAAAAUAUACGUGCGAAAACGCCAAAAUUGAAGUGUAUUAUUGUAAAGACUGCGAUUUUAAAACGGAACUAACGAUUCUGUUCAAACAACACAUUAAUAAAAAUCACAGUGUUAAAAGCGAAUUUAGGGAUAAUUUAUCACUGCAAGACUUCAGUGUGCAGACGUACGUUUGCGAAAAGUGCGGUUUUGAAACAAAUUUGUUGUUAAAGUGGGGUGAACAUACUUCAGAAUGCGUGGAAAAAAAAGAAAAUAUCCCAAGUGUGAGUUCUUCAAAUGAAAAUGCCACAUAUAAUUUCAAUUUCAAGCAAAUUGACGGAAUACGUUGGUAUUACUGUGCGCUAUGUUCCUUCAAAGCUAAAUAUAAAUCUGUUUUAAAAUGUCAUAUGGCAAAACAUGAUUUAAACAAACAAUAUGAGUGUGAUAAGUGUCCAUUUAGAACCAAAUGGAAAGGAAAUCUAAGCAAUCACACAAAACGAAACCACUUAAACAAACGAGAUAUUCAGUGGCAUAAAUGUGAAAAGUGCCCAUACAAAACCAGAAUAAAAAACAGUUUAGCCAGGCACAUAAAUUACGUACACUUGAAAGAAGAAGAAGGUGAAUGGUUUCAAUGCAAUGACUGUCAUUUCAAAACAAGGAAUAAAAAUCGUUUAAAGUCUCACGCAAUUGUAAAACAUGUUACAUGGUACGAAUGCGAACAGUGCCAAUUUAAAACAAAGGACAAAAGAUCUUUAACACACCACGAGAAAGUAAUCCAUUUAAAGAAACAAAAUACCGCAUGGUGGAAGUGUAAAAAGUGUUCAUUUAAAACCGUAAAUUCGUUUAAAAAAGACGUUAAAUCGAAAGAAUGCAAUCGGUGUUUGGUCAACAAAAAUAAAGGGUACGAAUGUAAAUAUUGCCCAUUCAAAACUCGAUGGGAGUCGUAUUUAGAAAAACAUGUAACGUCUCUACAUUUGGAUGACAAAGACAUCAAAUGGCACCAAUGCAAUGAGUGUUCAUUUAAGGCUAAACAUUCGUAUCAAUUAAAAUAUCACACAAUUUUGAAACAUUUGAGUGAUGAAAAAAUCAAAUGGUACGAGUGCGAAUAUUGUCCACAUAAGGCGAAACUCCAGAACUAUUUAACGAAACACAUAAAUAAAUGCCAUUUUGAUAAAACGAACGCUAAUAAGUGGCACAAAUGCCAUCAGUGUGCUUACAAAACCAAAACUCUAUCAUUGCUUUAUAAACACCAAGAAAAACGACAUAAAUAGGACUUAAUUUACUUUAAGUUUGGUGUAGUUUCGAAUUAAGAAAAAAACUAAAUGUUUUAUUCUCCACUUUAAAUAAAUAUAAUGCCUCAAAAAUUAGCAUCACAGUGUUUGUUAUUUUAUUAUCUACCUCCUUACCUAUUAAUCUUA